AUGACAAUUCUGCCUUUUCCACUAUGGUGCAUUCUCCUCUUAUCAGGCUGCAUCGUGUUUUACCGACUAGGCCGACGACAGUUGAAUUCGAGGAACGCCCUUAAAUUGCCCCCGGGCCCCAAACCACUUCCCCUCUUUGGAAACAUUCGAGACUUUCCACCAGAUGGCACGGUGGAAUACCAGCAUUGGUUGACGCACAAAGACCAGUAUGGCGACAUCUCAUCCGUAACGGUCAUAGGCACGACGCUCGUGUUGAUUCAUAACAAGAAGAUGGCGCAUGAAUUGCUGGAGACAAUGGCGAGCAAGACCUCGGGUCGGCCAACCAUGGUUAUGGCCAACAAACUCUGUGGUUACGAAUCUAUUGUCGUCUGUCAGGGUUACACCCCCAAGUUUCGCCGCUAUCGCAAAUACUUGCAUCAGGAGCUUGGUACAGCCGUGUCUGCGGCCCGGUUCCGCGACGCGCAGGAGAUUGAAGUAGGGCGUCAGCUCGUGCGGACGCUGAACGAGCCUGCAAGAUGGCUGGGCCAUUGUAAAACUGCCGCCGCAGCAACCGUCUUAAAGAUGGCCUAUGGAUACACAAUCGAGCCGCACCAACCCGACAAGUUGGUCAACUCGAUCGAGAAGAUGAUGACAGAGUUCUCCCGAGCCGCCAUCCCCAUGGGAUGGGCCGUCGACAUCAUUCCGGCACUCCAGUAUCUCCCCGAAAGCUUUCCUGGAGCGGGAUUCAAGAAGACAGCUUCGGAAUGGCGCAAGUCCAUCAUGGCAUCGGCAUACACGCCCUACCGCUUUGUUCAACGCCAAAUGGCCGCCUUAACACACCAACCUUCGUACGUGUCCAAGCUAAUCGAACAGCUCAAGGAAGAAGGCAACGGCAACAAACCCCGCACCGAGGAUGAAGAAGCUAUAAUCUGGACCGCGGCGACUCUCUACGGCGCUGCGGCGGAUACCACGACCAUUUCUCUGACCGCCUUCACCCUGGCCAUGAUCAAAUUCGACCAUGUCCAGCGUAAAGCUCAAGAGGAACUCGACCGUGUCGUGGGGACCGAUCGUCUGCCCACUUUUGAGGACCGUCCAAACCUGCCCUACAUCAACGCCUUGGUGAAAGAAGUCACCAGAUGGUGGCCAAUUACCCCCAUGGGCUUCUCCCACACGGCAACGGAGGACAUUCAAUUCGCCGGGUUCCACAUCCCCAAGGGCGCCUACCUACUACCGGCGGUCUGGUGGUUCUUGAACGACCCAGAGGUAUACCCCAAUCCGGAAUGUUUUGACCCUGAUCGUUUCCUCCCGCCUCGCAGCGAGCUCGAUCCGGAGAGUGAUGUCUUUGGUUACGGUCGUAGGCGAUGCCCUGGCCGUUUCUUUGCGGAUUCGGGGCUGUACAUCAACAUCGCUCAGUCGCUGGCUGUGUUUAAGUUCAUGAAGGCGGUCGGAAGGGAUGGGAGGGAAAUUGACGUGGAUGUGAAGCCGAAACCGGGCAUCUUGGCAUAUUUAGGGGAGUUCGGAUUUCGGAUCGAGCCGCGAUCCGAGGAGCAUACGGAGUUGAUUAAGCAGUUUCAGCAGCGCCAUCCGUUUGAGGAGGGCGAUGCUGAGCUUCUUGAGGGUAUGGAAGCGGUGAAGGUGUAA